CACUAGUGGCACUGAGUAGGAGCCCAGAAGAAAGAGAAGUGGUAACGCAAACGGCGACGUUUUAGUCCAUCACUUAAAAACAUAUCACGGAAGACCCAAAAAAAAAACUAUAUCGUCGAGAAAAAUUUGAACAGUAGCGAGCGAUAACUCGUCCCGAGUCGCCUCGCUCCGACGGCGAUUCCAUCGUCUCCCUCCGAUGUUAGCUUCUCUUAAAACAGUUUAAAUCCGUGAUUCUCUAGAUUCUCCACAUCCAGGAGGCUCUUGUGCGUUUAGAACGAAGAAGAAGAAGAUGAGUUUCGUAUUCAGGGGAAGUAGAGGAGAUUUAGAGAGCGGAUUCUCAGGUUUCAUACCCGAGAGACGCGCUAUGCGUGUCCAUGGAGCUCGACCUGUUAACUCUAACUCUCUCGCUUUUCUUGUCACCGUUCUCUUGCUGUUUAUGAUUCUCAAUUCGCAUCAGAUGCCUCCUAACUUCCUGCUCUGGCUUGUGCUUGGGGUGUUUUUGAUGGCGACGACUCUUAGGAUGUAUGCGACUUGCCAGCAACUUCAAGCUCAGGCUCAGGCUCAUGUUGCAGCAGCUAGUGGGCUCUUUAGCCACACUGAGCUGAGGUUGCAUGUGCCUCCCUCCAUUGCUCUUGCGACGAGAGGGCGUCUUCAAGGGCUGAGGCUCCAGCUGGCUCUUCUUGAUCGGGAGUUUGAUGACUUAGAUUAUGAAACUCUAAGAGCACUUGAUUCUGAUAAUGUCCCCACAAAUUCUAUGAGCGAGGAAGAGAUAAAUGCGCUUCCAGUACACAAGUACAAGGUUUUGGAUCCUGAAAAUGGUUCCUCUUUGACAAAGCAGGCAUCAACCUCAUCCUCAGCGGAGAAGAAUCAAGUUUCUGUAAGUGUGAGUAAAAAAGGAACAGAAGACGAGCUCACUUGUAGUGUUUGCCUCGAACAAGUUACCGUAGGGGAAGUUGUUCGCACCCUACCUUGCUUGCAUCAGUUUCAUGCAGUCUGUAUCGAUCCGUGGCUUAGACAGCAAGGAACAUGUCCUGUUUGUAAGUUCAAGGCUCAUUCAGGAUGGCAAGAACAAGACGACGGGACAGAUGAUGAUGAUGAUGAUGAUGAAGCCUCCGUCAUGGUUUGAGAGUUCGGCUUUUGGACUCUUGUUAUGUUAUUAAUGUGUGUAUCGAAAUCAGCAGAAAUGGAUAACCGAAACAAAAACAUGUAAUGGUUGAUGAUGAUGAGUUUUUAACAGUUCGAUUAGAUUCAAGCUAAAUCAUAAAAUAA